CACACGACACGACCAUAGGGAAAAAAAAAUAAAAUUAGUAGAAGAAAUCCAGUACUCAGAGUGUAAAGCCUUUGAUUAUAGAUUACAUCAUUCUCCCUCUCUCUAUCCCUUGUUCUUCUCUCUGCAACUUUUGCUGAUGAGUCUACUGGGUCAUUCUAAUGGUUUCUCUGGCAAUAUCUUCAGCUUUCCAAGCUAUAAACUUUGCACUCAAAAUUAUAAUGUAGGGAAAAUCAUCCCCAUUAAAAUGUUAAAGAGGGGUUCAGAGGCAAAGGUUCAUAAGAAAGAUGCUAUUUUGAUGUCAAAGAUUGAUUUGAAGAGCAAGUCUAAUAAUGCCACUACAGUUAUCAGUGCAUUAGCUGUAGCUAAUUUGACUGCGAUAGACCCAGCAAAUGCCAUCCACAUGGAGGAUAUGAUGAAUAGGGCUGCAUCUCUCUAUGUGCUAGCUGAUGGUAGUGGUGGAGAUUGGUUUGGAGGUCUUCUGUUUUCAGCUGGACAACAAGCCAAUGAAGCUGUUCUGAGCCAGUUAUCAGCUCUUAGUUUUACAAGUCUGGCUGUCAUUUUUGGGGCAGGACUAGUAACCAGUCUUUCUCCUUGUACAUUAAGUGUUUUACCAUUAACACUUGGUUAUAUAGGUGCUUUUGGCUCCGGAAAAAGUCGAGCGCAGGUCAUCGGUGAUUCCAUUUCUUUCGCAUUAGGAUUGGCUACGACGCUGGCACUUCUUGGUGUUGCAGCUUCGUUUGCUGGAAAAGCUUAUGGACAAGUAGGCAGAGGAUUGCCUUUGGCUGCCUCUGGUCUUGCCAUAGUCAUGGGCCUAAAUCUUUUGGAGAUAUUUGAGUUGCAACUUCCUUCAUUUUUCAACGACUUUGAUCCCCGUUCAGCUGCUGCAAAAUUCCCCUCAAGUGUGCAAGCAUAUUUAGCUGGUCUUACUUUUGCUUUGGCAGCAUCACCGUGCAGCACCCCUGUUCUGGCCACUUUACUUGGUUAUGUGGCCUCGACCAAGGAUCCUUUAAUUGGGGGCAGCUUACUGUUGACCUAUACUACAGGCUAUGUUGCUCCCCUACUGCUGGCUGCGUCAUUUGCUGGUGCAUUGCAGAGUCUGCUUUCAUUUCGCAAGUUUUCAGCAUGGAUCAACCCCUUAAGCGGAGCCCUUCUCCUAGGUGGAGGUGUGUAUUCGUUGAUGGAUAGACUUUUCCCAACAACAAUGGUGAUGUAAAAAUUAGAGUUAAAAAUGAGGUUGUUGGUUGAGCAAUGCUUGAAGAAGCGGAGGCGGGGGGAGAGCAUGAAUCUGUAUCGAGUUUUAUAGUUUGGAAGAAUACAUGACAACUUUGUGCCUAAUAUAAGAGUUCUCAAAUCUCAAAGGUGCAAGGCUUCAAUCUGAGUUGCUGUACAAAUUUGUAGCAUGGAACAAACUGAACUUUUAUCUGUAAAUCAUGUACUAUAUGUCUAUAUCUGAGGCCUAAAACUCACAAGCCAGUGAGACCGCUGAAACAGUUCUCAUUUAUGCUUGAUCUAUAUCUUAAAAGAAUUGUCUCUAGGAAGAUGGACUUUAUUUUUGUGGAUCUCAUGUAAAGAUUGUAUAAUAUACCAUGUUGUAUGUA